AUGUUAUCAGCACAAGCUCACCUUGUCUUUUGGGCACUCUCCUUCAUCUCUCUCCUAGCGCAACCGCUCCGCCCUUCGCUCAAAGAGCAUUUCGAUACCAACGGCGAAGUACAAGGCGUCUUGGAGUGCGCAAUCUUUUGCUACUUUGUCUGGCUAUGCCUCUUCAUCAUCGAAUUAAGGACGCGGCCCUCUCCUUACAAGCUGCCGAGCAAGCGCAAGCAAAAACGGCAACCCCAGGCGAAGGUUGGGACGGGACUCAUGUGUUUGAUUGUGGGCGAUGCAGCGUUAUGGGCGAGCGGUGUCAAGGAAGAGGGGGUCAGGGGGAAGAUUGUGAGGGUGCUGGGGGCGUAUUUUUAUCUUGGGACGGUUGAUCCGAUUUGGCGCUACCAGCUGAGGCACGAUAUGAUGCUCUUUUCGAAGGCGGUGCCGGAGCUGAUGGUUCACAACGUGCUGGUUUCAACUGCAUCCAUCGGGGCGUUGUCUUUUACAGUGGAAGCGGCAGCGUUUGUCUAUGCGGGGGAGCCACUGGACGUUCUCAAAUUUUGGUUUGAAGGCACGACGAGGAUGCACCAGGUCUUGGUCUUGAUGUUGCUUCUGACGCCUUUCGCGGACCUGGCAGACACGCUCGUUUAUUUGUAUCUCAAGAGAUAUAACUACAAGCAGUACUUGGCGCAGAUUGCGGAGUUGACUCGACUGAGGUCUCGGUCCAUGAUUAUAGAAAGAUUGUGGGUGAUGCUCUGGCUGUGGUGGAUGUUCUCCGUGCUCAGGGUUUACGAUUAUAGGUGA